AUGAGGAUUAUAGCAAUACUAUGGACAGUGUAUUUGGUAGGAGUAUGUAACUGUGGAGAUAGUGAUGGCAAAGAAACAUUAAAGGGUGCAGAGAAACAGAAUCCUCCGGAACAUACACACCCAGAAACUUCCUUGACUUCCAAGGUAGAUGGAUCACUCUUUGACAUUGAGGAAUCAGAAGAAGAUACUGUUAAAGUUCUUAAACUUACUCCUAAAGGUGAGAAGGUAACUAAAGUCAACUAUGAUGAUAAGCAGAUUUGGUCUGGUAAAGCGAGAUUUAGUAAAUCAUCCAACUUGGUGGAGGCCCUGAUAUACUUUGAUGGUGAUAUUCCAGCGUUCGUUACCAUAAAGGCAGUCAAAGGAGGUAAAGAAUCCACGGUUUAUAGAUACCAUGAUGGUAAUAAAUGGAAGAAUGGUAAUGAGAAUAAACAUAAGAAGAAGCUCAAGGAACUGCGAGAUACUGCUAAACCAAAAGACGCUCCAGAAGCGACCAAGAAGGAACAGGAAGUCCCACAAGGACAAGCGCAGGGUAAACCUGAUAAACCCACCGAGAAUGCUAAAGAGCCUGGAACUGAUGAGGGGGAUAGUUCUACAGAAGAUAAUCUGGCUAAUGUAGAUCGGUCUGAUUCUAAACCUGAAGAACCUACAGUCCCUUUCCUUCCUGCUGUGGAUAUACUCCUCUUUGAUGCUUUGGGUUCUCUUGAAGGUGAUGUCCCAGUCCUUAAACUCAAAAUCAAGGAUGGUGCUAAGACCACUGAGCUCAAGUAUGAUAAUAAGCAGAUAUGGUCUGGUAAAGUGAGAGUUGGUACAUCAUCAAACUUGGUUGAGGCUCUGAUAUAUUUUAACGAGGAUACUCCAGAAUUAGCUGUAAUUUCCACUGAUAAGAAUUCAAAGGUCUAUAGAUACCAUAAUGGUAAAGAGUGGAAGAGUUGUAAGGAGAAAGACCAUAAUGUUGGACUUAAGAAACUAAAGGAAAACUGUAAGUCUGGAGAACAUACCCCUAAAUCCAAUUUCAAAUCCAAGAUUUAUUCCAAUAUAGCAAUCUUGGACCUAUCAAAACCAAAUCCAUCCGUAUGCAAAACAUUUGAUCUAAACAUUGAAGGGGUUCCUGCGAAACUAUAUCUUGCUCCAGCUAGUGUUGUAGUCGGAAAGAUAAUGAACAAAGACAAAGUCGUAUGGCUUGGCGGGGGUAUUAUAUUGUCAGGGAAGACUAAAUCGUGCCUUUACUGUAUUACAUUCUUCAAACAAAAGGAGAUAGACGCGAUAUUCACAGCUGUAAAAGAAGAACAUCUAGUCCAUAAGGAAUUUCGCGUUUAUAAUGAUAAAAACAACUGGCAACUGUCCGUUCAGGGCAAUGAUACGAAGAUGAAUGCAUUAAAGACCAUAAAGGAUCCAAUUACUAGAUUUUCCAUUGACAUUUCCUUAGACAAUACUAACGAAAACUGCAAAGUAGAGAAUUAUAAAGGUAGUGGUAUUACGACUCGCUUCUAUAUUCCCACUUUUGGUAAGGCCAUAGAGAAGAUUACAGAUGGUGAAAAGGUUAUUGGUUCACUUAACGAAGAAUACAUGUGUUACCUCUGUGAAUACCAUUUCAAGGGUUCCAGAAAGCUGCUAAGAGUACACAUCCAGAAAAACUUUACCAUUUAUAUGGUCUGCUAUGAGAAUGACGGCAGUGAAUGGAAGACGAUGUACGAAGAUCAAUUUGAAAACAAACUAGAGGAGAUGAAAAAGUAG